GGGCUUGGAGCCUCCAGUCGGCGCAAUUUCCUCCGGCCUGUUUGCAUUUCGACUCAAAGUCGCGGUCAUUGGUGGUGCACCACUUCAACUUGCACACAAACAAACGCCAACUUUUACCCAAGAGCAGGAAACACGUCGAGAAAGAGACGUGCAGGUCUCCUUCAAAAAAGGGCUGCAAAGGAAGACUCGUAAAUUCCUCGAGACAUGGGGUCCAUCCCUGAGUUCUCGAUCCUGAAGGGCGACAGGCAGACCCUGCCGACGGGCCCUGAUUACCUGCUGCACCGACUGUUCGAAAGAAGCGCCGCCGCCAACAUUUGCAAGCCGGCUUUGUUCUCGGAAACGGACGCCGCCAGCCCGACUCACACCUUCGCACAACUGGACGCUUUGUCCUCCAGACUCGCCCGCGUCCUGCUCAACCAGCUGCACCGUCUGAAGGCUGAGCCCAAUGCCGACGGAGACUUCAUUGUUGGGGUGAGUUUGUCUCCCGGCGCCCCUUUGGUGGCCACACUUCUGGCCGUGUGGAAGAUGGGCGCCGCUUACAUGCCCGUCGAGCCCAGCGUCCCCAUUCAAAGGGCCGCACACAUUUUGGCCGACUCGAAGCCCCUCUUCGUGGUCGGCGAGACGAGAGCCCUGACCGAGUAUGCCAACGUCCUUCUCUACCAGGACCUUUUGAACCUCUCCCAAGAACAAGUGGCCAACGCCAUUCCAGACACAGAAUGUGUUCCGUGUGCGACGAACAAAGAGCCGCUGGCCGCCGUGCUGUACACCUCGGGAAGCACCGGAGCCCCCAAAGGAGUCCGUCUUUCGCACCGAGCUGUGCUGAAUCGCCUCCAGUGGCAGUGGCGCGUCUUCCCCUUUGCUGAAGAUGAGCAGAGUUGCGUCUUCAAAACCGCCCUCAGCUUUGUGGACUCGGUCGGAGAAAUGUUUGCUCCGUUGCUGCAGGGCAGGGCGCUGGUCACUGUGCCGCGAUGCACCGUCGGAAACCCCGAAAAGCUGGCCGAAGUCCUCGCUCUACACCAGGUGAGAAGACUGGUGUUGGUGCCUUCGCUGCUGCGCGCUCUUCUGCUCGUGGCUCGGGAGCGGCCAAAGCUGCUCAACGGGCUGCGUCUGUGGGUUUGCAGCGGAGAGGAGCUGCAUCUGGAGUUGGCCAGAGACUUCUUCUCCGCCUUCCCCAGUGGCUCGCACUUGGCCAAUUUCUACGGGAGCACAGAGGUCAUGGGCGACGUCACUUAUUUCCUCUUCAGAGACCCCAACGAUGUCGAGUGGGUCAAGCAGAGCGAGGCCAGAGUCCCAAUUGGCAUCCCAGUUGAAAACACAAUCAUCUACCUGCUUGACAAGCAGUUCCGACCGGUCCUGGCCGGAGAGCAAGGUGAGGUUUUUGUCGCCGGUCUGAACGUUGCCAAUGGCUACGUGAACAACAGAGAUCCUACCAAGUUCGUUCCCAACCCUUUUGCCACAGACCACGCAGUUUACAGCACGUUGUACCACACUGGCGAUUUCGGUCGCAUCGUCAAGGGCAAUUUGGUGUACGAAGGACGCGCCGACUCGCAAAUAAAAGUGCGCGGGCACCGCGUCGACCUGUCUGAAAUCCAGAAAGCCGUCCAGGCAGUUCCUGGCCUUGACAAGGUCAUCGUCCUGUGCUACCAACCAGGCAGACCUGAGCAGGCGGUGUUGGCGUUUGUGACCAUGGCUGCCGGAUCCUGCAUGUCCACCCAGCAGAUUGAAGCCAGUUUGCAAAGGAGCCUCGCUUCAUACAUGAUGCCUCAGAUAAUUAUUCUUGAAAACUUUCCUCUUCUCGUAAAUGGAAAAAUUGACAGACAACUCCUGCUGAGAAACUAUGAGCAAAAGCAAGAAGAAAAUGGUUCAAUAAACGUUCUGCUAGACCUAAGUUCCUGCCCCGAACAUCACAAAGAAGCUGCACAGGCUUUGCUCGAGACUGUCAAAUCGGUUCUCGGAGGCUCCUUGAAAACGAAUGUGCUCACUCUGGACGCCAAUUUCUACCAAAUGGGAGGAAACUCCCUCAAUUCUGUCUUCACUGUAACCAAACUACGGGACCAGGGCUUUAAUAUUGGCAUCAGCGAUUUCAUUGCCGCCGCCAAUCUGGGGGAAGUUGUUGAAAAAAUGGGGCCCAGGAAAGUGGCAUUAGACGUUGAGAUGGACAAAGAAAAUCGUUUCCCACAAUACACAGCGCACAUGCUAACACCAGAGCACAAGGACAGCGUCUUCAGGAUGAUCGUGGAGAGUUUCUACCAAAAAGCCGACAUUGAAAAAUGGUUACGGCCACAGCUGCAGAGGAGCGACUACGAGAUGCUAAUCCAGGCCAUAUGGAAACCAGUUGUUGAGAAAAAUCUCAGCUUUUUGGUGAAGGACAAAGAUGGGCGUGAUGUCGGCGCUGCCUUAAAUUUCGAUGUUUACGACGAGCCAGACGUUGACAUUGACAGCAGGCUAAUGAUUGUGUUUGAGUUUCUCGAAUCCGUCGAGGUGCAAGUCAGAGAAAAGGUUCUGCCGAAGGGCAAAGGGAAAGUGGUGCACAGCUUCAUGAUGGGCACUGAACCUGCAUUGAGCGCCGCUGAAAACGUCGAUGUCAUUGCGUUCAUGGAGGAGGAGGUUCUGAGACUGGCGCGCAGACGGUCCUUCAAGGGAAUCUUCACAACAAACACCAGUCCACUCACGCAGCAACUGGGCUCAGACAUCUUUGGCUACGAACCCCUUCUUGAAUACCAAGUCAACAAAUUUGUGGCUGCCGACGGGUCAAUGCCCUUCAAAGAGGCUCCAGACUGGCAAAUGGCCGUGUCGUGCUGGAAAAAAGUGUGAAAUUUUAAAAGCGUUUUUAUUUAAUUGACGACUUUAAUAUUAAUUUAGAGAGUACACAUGACGUAUAAUUUUAGAGAAAUCAUAUGUUAAUUUAAGCCUCAUUUGUGUGUUUCAUUGUCACAUUAGUUAGCAUAUCGAUUGCACAGUUAUUGACGUUUUUCAAAUGUAAAUAAAAACUAUUAUGUUUUAUUGAAAUAAAGAUUGAAAUAGUUUGUACAAAGAAAUAAAGAUUGCAGAUCAUUGAAACGAAA